AUUCUCAUUCUUACCAAUUCCGUUUCCGCCACCGUCAUCUUUCUUUCCGGUUUUGUGCCCUCUCGUAGCCAUCAUGAAGGUCGAGUUGUGCAGUUUCAGCGGGUAUAAAAUAUACCCCGGCCAUGGCCGCCGAUACGCCAGGAUAGACGGGAAGGUGUUUCAGUUUCUGAAUGGCAAGUGUGAGUCUGCUUUCCUGGCCAAGAGGAAUCCCAGACAGAUAAACUGGACUGUGCUGUACAGACGCAAGCACAAGAAGGGCCAGUCCGAAGAGGUGGCAAAGAAGCGUACCCGUCGCGCUGUGAAGUUCCAGAGGGCCAUCACUGGGGCCUCCCUGGCCGAGAUCAUGGCCAAGAGGAACCAGAAGCCCGAGGUCCGUAAGGCCCAGAGGGAGCAGGCCAUCAGGGCCGCCAAGGAGGCCAAGAAGGCAAAGGCAGCAACAAAGAAACCCGCUGCUGCCAGUGCAAAGUCUGCUGCCAAGACUGCACAGAAGCCCAAGAUUGCCAAGACGAUGAAGAUCAACGCACCCAGAGUUGGUGGAAAACGCUAAACCCGUUUAAUGUUGCGUUGUGAAUAAAACAUUUUUGUUUAACCAUCA